AUGCCAACUAUCGAUGCUGGGGCUUCCGGGGCUUCAACUGUAUCAUCAGGAAUUAGUUUAAUUAAAACUAUUAUUGGUGCAGGUUUGCUUUCUAUGCCAUUAGCCUUUUCAACUGAUGGAAUAGCAAUUGGAAUUGUAAUCAUAUUAUUAGCAGCCUUAACGUCAGGAUAUGGAUUGUUUCUCCAAGCAUAUACUUCAAAAUAUGUUCCUUUAGGUCAUGCUACCUUUUUCAACUUAUGUUCAGUGUCAUAUCCUACUUUAUCGGUUGUUUUUGAUAUAGCCAUUGCAAUUCAAUGUUUUGGUUGUGCCUUAUCAUACUUGGUUUUAAUUGGUGAUAUUUCUCCAACUUUUGUCACUUAUGUUCCAUAUGUAGAUCCAGUCAAUUAUAGAACGUUUUGGAUCUUAGUAUCAACUUUAAUUUGUGUUCCCCUUUCAUUUUUAAAAAAUUUAGAUAAUUUAAAAUAUACUUCAAUUUUAGGAUUAGUUGCUAUCCUUUAUAUGUCAUUAUUAGUAAUUGGUCACUUUUUAACUAAUGAUAUUCCUAAUGAAUAUAAAGGUGAUAUAACUUAUUUCCCUCCAACUAUAAGUGGAAUAUUUAGUACUUUUUCCAUUAUUGUGUUUGCAUUUACUGGUCAUCAAAAUAUGUUUUCAAUUAUUAAUGAAGCUAAAGAUAAAUCAUUAUCAAAUAUUUCAAAAUUAAUCAAUUUUGCCAUUAUUUUAUCUUCGAUAUUUUUCAUUAUUGUUGGUUUAGCUGGUUAUUUAACCUUUGGUGAUAAAGUUACUGGUAAUGUUAUUUUAUCUUAUCCCCAAGCUUGGUAUAAUAAUUUAGGUAGAUUUUCAAUUGUAUUCAUGGUUAUUUUUUCAUUCCCAUUAAUGAUACAUCCAGCAAGAAUUUCAGUUAAUAAUAUUUAUUAUUUCAUUUCUGUGAAUGUAUUCGAUCAUCAAAUUGUUGAUGAUGAUGAUGACAUUAUCAUUGCAACCAUCAGUAAUGAGAAUACAAGCUUAUUACCAAAUGUUGAUUCUCAAGAAUCUCAAAUUGCUUCCAAGAAAUCAAAUGUAGUACCAUUACCUCAUAAGACAUUUUUAGUAAUAACUACAGCUUUAUUACUUUUAGGAUAUGGGUUAGCCAUAUCAAUUACAUCAUUUGCAUUUGUAUUAGCCAUAGUGGGUGCUACUGGGUCCACCGCUAUUUCUUUUAUUUUACCAGGUUUGUUUGGAUUCAAGUUGAUUGGUUCUGAAUCUCAAAAUCCAACUUUAAAGGAAAUUAUCUUGAAACAACUUUCUUUAGCUUUGACUAUUUGGGGUAUUGCUGUAAUGCUUUUAUGCUUAUAUACCACUAUCUUUUUAUCCCAAGUUUAA